AACCCAAUUCGAUUCACGUGCAUCGAUAAUUUUGAGUGUCUGUUUGAGAAUGUCUCAAGAAGCAGCAGCAUUUAAACGAGCAGAAGAAGAAAAGUGGAGCCGUGCAGGUGAAAAAAGGUGGCAAUUAUUUAAAAGGCUUGAAAAGGAUAAUGCGACUGCUAGCUUCUUUUUAAAGAAUCAAAACAUCUUUCCAGGUGCCAAGGUUUUGGAACUUGCUUGUGGUUCUGGAGAAACUACUCUACAAGUAGCUGCUAAAGUUAGAGGCUACUCUAUUCCCUCUGGACAAACAACAGGUGAAGUUGUAGAUAAGCUGUUAGAGUUGCUUCACCCGUCAAACACGAGUGUGAAACCUGCCUCCCCCGGUGCCACUGGUUCUGUCAUUGGUGUGGAUAUAGCUAAAGGAAUGUUGAAUAUCUUUCAAAAUAGACUAGAGAAUACUGUUUUGAAGGAGUAUGUAAAACUUGUAGAAAGUGACAUUGAAGAAUAUACCAUGCCAAAGGAGCAUUUUGAUGCGGUUAUUUCGCAGUAUUCCAUUCCUCAUUUUCCCAAUGCAGUUGAAGUUUUGAAAAAUGUUCGACAAUCUCUGGUUCCUAACACUGGCAAGUUUGUCACAGUCAUUUGGGGACCAGUGUCUCAAUGUGACAUUUUCUCAAUUCCUAAAAAGUUUCUAGGAGAUCCUCAUGGUCACCAUCAUCAUCAUCAUCAUGAGCAUGAGCAUGAGCAUGAACAUCAUCACCAUCAUCAUGAGCAUAAUGACAACCAAUCCGUACAUUGUCAUUGUGGUUCACCUCAACAUACUUUGAAACAAAUUGAAGCUGCUGGUUUUCGCUUUACCACAGUAGAAUUUCCUGUAGUUUAUGACUUUCCAACAGCUUCUGAUUACUUGCAUUGUCUUUCUGAAAUGAAUCAAGGUAUGAAGGAGUAUAUGGGAGAACCAGGAAGUGAAAAUUGGCGACAAGUGGAAAGCUAUGUCAAAGAAAAUAAUAGUAUUCAACUUUCAGAUGGUUCAGUAGGCAUUCGAUUGAACAAUAUAGCUAUUGGUGUUAAUGCUGAGCCUUGAUGGUGUAGUUUUCAAUAAAGAGAGUUUUUCUAGA